GUGCGCGACCAGGAUGGAGAGAUCAGCAUCAGGACCAAAAUAGACCGCGAGAAACUGUGCGAGAAGAAUCUCAACUGCACUAUCGAAUUUGACGUCCUCACCCUCCCCACGGAGCACCUACAGCUGUUCCACAUCGACGUGGAAAUUCUGGACAUUAACGACAAUGCGCCACAGUUCGCCCGCCCCGUCAUUCCCAUAGAGAUCUCCGAAACCGCCGCCGUGGGGACGCGCAUUCCCCUUGACAGCGCCAUCGAUCCAGACGUCGGGGAGAACUCUCUGAACACAUACUCUCUGACUCCGUCUGAUUUUUUUAUGAUUGAUAUUCUAACCAGAACCGAUGGCGCCAAGUACGCGGAGCUCGUUGUGCUUAAAGAGCUGGAUAGAGAGGUACGAGCGAGCUAUGAACUCCAGCUUACCGCCUCAGACAGGGGCGUUCCCCCAAAAUUUGGAACAACGCUCCUGAAAAUCAGCAUAGCUGACUCUAACGACAACAAUCCUGUGUUUGAGAAGCCAUCUUAUGUGAUCAACUUGCUUGAAAAUUCUCCUUUAGGCAGUUUGCUUAUUGAUCUGAAUGCCACUGACCCAGAUGAAGGGACCAAUGGGAAAAUCGUAUAUUCUUUUAGCAGUCACGUGUCACCUAACAUUUUAGAGACUUUCAAGAUUAAUUCUGAUAAUGGUCAUUUGACACUGAUGAGGAAAGUUGACUUUGAAAGCACAAAUUCGUAUGACAUAGAUGUUCAAGCUCAAGACAUGGGUCCCAAUUCAAUGCCAGCACAUUGUAAAGUCAUAAUAAAAGUGGUGGAUUUGAAUGACAACAAGCCUGACAUUAGUAUCAAUUUGAUGUCCACUGGGAAUGAGGAGAUAGCUUAUAUAUCAGAGACAGCUCCUGUAGAUACAUUUGUGGCUCUGGUGAGGGUGGAUGACCUGGACUCUGGGUUGAAUGGAGAGGUGGAGUGCCGUCUCCACGGCCAAGGUCAUUUCAGGCUGCAAAAGACAUAUGAGAAGAACUACAUGAUCCUUACAAAUGUCAGUUUAGACCGAGAGAAGAGGUCCGAGUUCAGCUUGACUGUUAUAGCUGAAGACAAAGGCUCUCCAAGUCUGUCUACCAUCAAACACUUCACUGUGCAGGUCCAGGAUGAGAAUGACAACACGCCAAAGUUUGAGAAGGGCAGGUAUGAGAUUUCCAAGGCAGAGAACAACUCACCAGGAGCUUAUCUGUCAUCUGUGAGGGCCUCAGAUCCAGACCUGGGCCCGAAUGGUCAAGUGAGCUACUCUAUACUUGAAUGUACAGUCCAUGGGAGCUCCAUCUCCACUUACGUCACCAUUGACCCAUCUAAUGGAAACAUUUAUGCGUUACGUACCUUUGAUCGUGAAGAUGUGAGUCAGAUCUCGUUCUUAGUCCAGGCCCGGGAUUCUGGAAGUCCUCCACUGCGUAGUAAUGUGACCGUUGUGUUGACCGUCUUGGACGAGAACGACAACAGACCGGUCAUCACAAUGCCUCAGCUGUGGAACCACACGGUUGAUGUUCCAGUAUCCAAAUACGCAGAGGUCGGUGACGUGUUAACUAUUGUCCAUGCGAUAGACUAUGAUGCCGGCUCCAAUAGUGACCUUUCGUGUUCUGUAGUAGGGGGCAAUGAGGCAGGUUACUUCGCUAUGGAUGCUAAAACAUGUGAAAUUCGGACCAACGUCAGCAUGCAGGACAUUCCACAGGAUCACGUGGAGCUGACCAUCCUAGUGCAGGACCAUGGUGCUCAACCCCUCAGCGCCAGAGCCCUACUGAGACUUUCGCUUUAUGAAAACAUUGAGAACCACAUGAACCCCCAUCUGACAGGUGGAGGAAGUGGAGAUGGCCCUCUAGAUGUGUCCAUGAUCAUCAUCAUCUCCCUUAGUGCGAUCUGCGCCGUUCUGCUUCUCAUCAUGGUGGCCUUUGCCCUCCGCUGCUCACGUGAAAAGAAGGACACUCGCUCAUACAACUGCAGGGUGGCUGAGUCUACUUACCAACAGCACCCUAAAAAGCCCUCACGGCAUAUCCACAAGGGCGACAUCACCCUGGUGCCCACCGUCAACGGGACGCUCCCAAUCCGGGCACACCAUCACUCACCAACCUCCUCGCCCGGACCUGAACGG